AUGGCUAUCAUUCUCUCCAUCAACUCCGGAUCCUCCUCCGUCAAGGUCUCCAUUUACAAGUCAGCCGCCCAAGGCCACCCUCCAACCCAGCUCGCCGACGCCUCAAUAUCCGGUCUCACAGCUCCUCCAGCCCAAUUGACCUACGAGCGCGGCUCCGAGAAAAUCAAGAACCAAGAAGUGAAAGGCAUAAGAUCAAAUGAGGAUGCUUGUGAAUACAUAUUGGAUCAUUUGGUCAAAGACGGAGGACUGUCCGAGAUUACCAGCAGAGACGACAUCACACAUGCAUGCCAUCGAGUCGUACACGGAGGGGACUAUCCAGCUGCUCAUGUGAUCGAUGAAGAUACAUACCACCAUCUUCAAGAUCUCACAGACCUCGCACCCUUACACAACGCUAGCGCCCUCGCCAUCGUCGAAGCUUGCAUGAAGGCUUUGCCAAAAGCGAAGAACAUCGCAUACUUCGACUCCUCAUUCCACUCAACAAUGCCCAAAGAGAUAGAAACAUAUCCGAUUGAUCCCGAGAUAGCGAAGAAGAACAAGCUGCGGAAGUAUGGCUUCCAUGGCAUCAGUUAUGCCUUUAUCACGAGAUCAGUUGCGGAGUUCCUGAAGAAGCCGGAGAGUGAGACGAGUAUUAUCGCGUUGCACCUUGGUAGCGGGGCGUCGGCUUGUGCGGUCAAGAACGGACAAUCGCUGGACAAUAGUAUGGGUCUGACGCCGUUGGCGGGUCUGCCGGGAGCCACGAGAAGUGGCGACGUGGAUCCAAGCCUGAUCUUCCAUUUCACCCACGACGCUGGAAAACCAAGUCCAGGCAGUACUAAGGAGCUGCAUAUUAGCACAGCGGAAGAGAUCCUGAAUAAGAAAUCUGGCUGGAAAGCCCUCGCCGGCACAACAGAUUUCGGCACAAUCUCGUCAUCAUCAGAUCCCAGAUGCAAACUAGCAUUCGAUAUCCUCGUUGACCGCAUCCUUGGCUUCAUCGGCAGCUAUUACGUCAAAUUGGAGGGAAAAGUCGAUGCAUUGGUCUUUGCAGGAGGUAUUGGGGAAAAAGCAGCGCUUUUGCGGAAAAGGAUAUUGGAAAAGUGUAAAUGUCUCGGAUUCGAGGUUGAUGACGAGAAAAAUGACAAAGCAAUUGAGGAUGUGGUCCAAGAUAUUGGCAAGGAGGCGCGGCAUCGGAGUCUGGUGUGCCAAACAGAUGAGCAGUUUGAAAUGGCCAGGCAAUGUGCUGUGGGUCUGCAGACAAAGUAG